ACUGUCUAUUUAUAGUAACAAAACACAAACACUAUAAAACACCAGCAGUGCAGUGGCAGUGGAGAGAUCGCUUUCUUGUGUCUAUUCAUCCCAAGAGCAACUCUGUAAUGGCUGAGAUACCUAGACAACGAAGCAACACAAGUAGUGACGAAGUAUAUCUGAUCAGAAACGGCGCUUCAGUUCUACACAGAACCAACAGUGAGGACUUUGGUCACAAUGUGGACUCAAGUACAGAGAGACGGGAGCGGCCUCAGAAACCGCCACCUCUAGCCCCCAAGCCACAGCUAUCUCGUCCCAGCAGUACCAACUCUCUCUCUAGUGCGGGAAAAAACAAGAGCCGGAGUAAGAAGGCUAAAGACGAGGAGAUAGAGGAGUCACUGAGACGCAUGAGAGGUCAGGGGAAGUACAUCAAACUGAACGUGGGGGGAUCACUACAUUACACGACACUCGCCACACUCACCAAACAUGAUAAUAUGCUCCGAGCUAUGUUUAGUGAGCGGAUACCUCUCGAGAAGGACGACGAAGGAUGGGUCCUAUUGGAUCGCAGUGGUAAACAUUUUGGGCUGAUUCUAAACUACCUACGGGAUGGUUCUGUAUCCUUGCCAGAGACAAAGAACGAAUGCAUUGAACUUCUGGCUGAAGCAAAGUACUACUGUAUAGAUGAGCUGGUCGAGGUGGUGGACGCACAGCUGGACAAGCUGAAGGAUGAGCAUCAACCCAUCUGUCGGGUCCCAGUCAUCACCUCGCUAGAAGAGGAGCACUUGAUUGUCUCCACUACCCUCAAACCAGUUAUCAAGCUGCUCUACAACCGAGGGAACAACAAAUACUCGUACACAACUAACUCUGAUGACAAUCUGCUCAAGAAUAUCGAGCUCUUUGACAAGCUGGCUGUUCGGUUUGGAGGUAGAGUCAAGUUCAUGAAGGACAUUGUGGGUCGUGGUGAGAUCUGCUGUUGGGCUUUCUAUGGCCGUGGAAAGAAGAUUGCUGAGGUUUGCUGUGAGAGCAUUGUCUAUGCCACCGAUCGUAAGCACACCAAGAUAGAGUUCCCUGAGGCUAAGAUCCUGGACGAGACAUUGAACAUUAUGCUGUACGAGGAUCGUAACGAGGACAGCCCCCCUGGUAUUAGGGGUGGGGAGAGGGAGCGGCUUCCUGGCACUCCCGAGGGAAGGCUAUCAGAAGAGGAGUACUAAAACACUUUAGAUCUUUGUUGUGUGUGCAUGUUUGUGCUCCAUUCAUUUAUAAUUUUAUUGCUUA